AUGUUUUACUUUAGAUUUACCUUCCUUUUAAUGGCAACCUUAUUCUCAAAUUUUUUUGAAAGAACAUAUUCGACGAAAAGAAUUAACAAGGUUGGAAUUGACUCAAUUUAUUCUGUUAUUGACUACUCAGAAAAUAGCUUGUUCUUUUUUGAAAAUGGAAGGGUAAUUUCUAUGAAAAAAUCUACAAUUCUAGGAAAUAUUCAAGAAUAUUCUCCCGAAGAUCAACUUGUUGAUUUUGUUAAAACAAAAGAUAACUCAUUUAUUAUGUUCAUAAGUCAAUUUAAAAACACAAUAGCUUUGAGAAAAAUAGAGGUAAAUGACAUUGGAAAUAUUUUACUUAAUUGGGAUUUAGAACUAGAUAUCUCUGUUUCAAAGUUAACAAGAAAGCUAUUUUCUUUAUCUGGUAAACUCUACUUAACAAUAAAUAAUCGUUACUUUUUAAUUGACGAGUCAAAUGGUCGUAUACUUGAACAAUUUUCAUUGAAUACACACGAAAUAUUUUUACUUGUGUAUAUCGAUGAGAUGGAUAAGCAAUUAACAAUUGUUUAUAAUGAAUUGGAAAAUGAAAUACAAAUUUACGAUUUUAAACCACUUAGCAAGAAAUUUAACAACCCCAGCUACAAAACAAAAAUUGAUCCCGAGAAAAAAAUCUUGACUAAUUCUGGAAUAAUAACAAAUAAUAGUGGAUAUCAAUUCAUAAAUUUAUUGUUUAUAAAUAAUGAAAACAAUUUAGGGUUGUUUAUUUAUAACUUCAUUAAAAAUGAUAAAAAAUACUUAUAUUCCAAGUUCAACCUUUCUUCUCUAAAUUAUAACGUAAUUAGUUCAAGAAUGGAAGAAUUAAUUUUAAAACAAACUAACUAUGGCAAAAUUGCUAUCACAUUAGCAAGUAGAAAGUAUAAUAAAGGAUAUCAAAUUCUUCAUGUAUUUGAAUCUAACUCGAGCUACAUUCUUAAAUCAUUUUCCCCAAUUAAUGAUGAAAUUCAAAGUUCUAACGCAAUGAUUUUUCAAGAUGAAGGAAAUAAUUCUAAACUCAUUGUAAUAAUUGGUUAUAAUGACUUUACAAAUAAUUUAAGCAUUACAACUGUAUUUAAUUAUUUUUCGCCUAUCACUGAAAAUAAAAUUUUUCGAUAUAAUUUGAAAAUUGAAUAUUUUAAUAAAAACAAUAAGAUUACACAUGGUUCAAUUAUUAAAUUGAUAUAUUCGGUUAAUAUGGGUUUACUAUUACAAUGGAAUGACUCACUUUUAGCCUCAAUUUCUUUAAACUGUGAUGAGACAUUAAUGAAGUGCUAUCAACCAAAAAUAAAUGAUAUAUAUGAAGGUGUAAUUUCAUCAAGCUCAGACCCCAAUUAUUUUAAAAAUAACUUUUUGUUUUUUUUAAAUGGAGAAAAUUACAUUUUAAAUAAUACUAUUAAUGAAAGUUCAAAUUUUAUUAAGGCGACAAAUUUGUAUGAUUACUCAUACCGUACUAAAAUAAAUUUAAGUAAUAUGUCAGUUGGUACAAUUAUGUUAACUGUAAACAAGUAUCAUUCGGUUUUCGCUUAUAAUAUUGAUAAUCAUCAGAUAUUAUGGAGAAAUGAUUUAUUAAGACAAAAAAAAAACAUUAAGCUAGAUAAGAUCAAGUUAUUUAUUUUGAAAAAGAUAAUCCCUGAAUUAAUUGUUGUCGAUCAAUUCAGUAUUUUAAAAAUAGAUAUCUUUUCUGGGGAAACUAUUUCAUAUGAAAGUUAUUAUGAGUCAUCAAAGUUGAUAGUUUCAGUUCCUCGUUUCGCAUCUGCUGAACAAAAGAGAGAUUCAAUGUUAAUAUUAUUAGAUAAAGACAACAAAAUAUUAAAAUUAUUGAAUUUACAUAAUAAUAAUACUAAAAUUAAAGAUCAAACAUAUUUUUAUUUUACGAACGAAUCCAAUGCAAUUAGGUGUUAUAAAAUUAAUUCAGAACAUAGUUCUGAAUUACAUUGGCAGUAUAUAUUUGAUUCUGAUGAAACUAUAUCAGUUUAUUCUAUACCUGAAUGCGAUGAAUGUAAGAGCUUUCCAGUGAUUGUAAAUGAAGAAUACAAUAUUGUUAAUAAGUUUGACUAUCCAUAUUUUUUGGGUGUCGUUACGAGCAAAAAAAAAGUGUUUUUAUUUAAUUCAAUUAAUGGAAAUUUGCUAUAUUCAUCAUUUUUACCUCGAGAAUUUGAACCUCCAUUUAAACUUCAUAUUUUCCAAAAUAUUGUUUUGAUUACAUCAUAUCAUUCAUAUUAUAAGAUUCCAGCAUUCGUUAUUCUUGAACUAUUCCAAUUUAUUAAAGAAGAAAAAUAUUCAGGUAUUAAAAUACUUGACAAGUUUAUAUUUCUGAUUUCCCGUGAAAAAAAUGUGAAUGAAUCUAGAAUAUAUCCGGAAAGACCUAUUCAUAUUCAAGAAACUUCUUUUCUAUACAACUACGAACUACCAAUAGAUUAUUCAAUAAUAAGCAGGACGGCCGAAUCAAUAACUUCCAAAAUCAUACUUUUUGGUAGCGAAAAAAACAAUAUAAUAGAAGGUAUUCCUGAAAAAUUAUUCACUACAUUAAGGCCUGGCCGAAAUAAAGUAAAAGACUAUAUUCUAAACAAUAAUCUUCCGAUAUAUCAAACAAUCCUGUCUGAAAGGAUAAAAUUUUCAACAAAAUUUAAUAACAAGAGAAUAUUUUCGUUUCCACAUACUUACGAGUCAAAAAGUAAAUUGGUUUCUAUUGGAUUUAAUUCAUUGGAAGUAUUUGAACUUUGCCCAAAUACUUUAUUCGAUCAUUUACCAAAUAAUUUCAAUUACUACAAUAUAAUCAAUACAGUAUUCUCAAUAUCUGCAAUUACAGUUAUCGCAAUUUACAUUUCAAAAAAGAAUCAAUUAAAAAAAUGGACUUAA